UUAUCUAGUAGGCUGAGUAGGCAGGCAAAUAGAAGAGAUUAUGGUUAUAAUGGUAAAACAAAUAGCUAUUACAGUGUACUAAAUAAUGUUACGCGGUUGUCACAUCCUUACAGAAGGCGUAAAGGUGCAUUUUGCUCUCAGCCAAGCCAGUCAUAUUGCCAGUAGGACUAGUGCCGCUACGUUUGUAACAACCGCUACUAUGAACAACAAGUUCAAAUUACCAGCACGCUAUGGCGCCGGCGAAAAAAGCGUAUGGGUUGAGUACAUUGAGCUAGUAGCCAAGUACAAGCCUGCUGUGAACCUCGGGCAGGGUUUUCCAGACUAUCACGCCCCCAAACAUGUCACACAGGCGUUGGCUGAGAUCACAACCGGCGACAACCCACUCCUCAACCAGUAUACGAGAGGAUUUGGCCAUCCCCGUCUGGUGCAAGCGAUUUCCAAAUUGUACUCGCCUCUAAUAGGGAGAGAGAUCGACCCCCAAAACGAGGUGCUGGUUAGCAGCGGAGCGUACGAGGCACUCUAUUCUGCUAUUUUAGGGCACGUGGACGAAGGCGAUGAGGUGAUAGUCAUCGAGCCCUUCUUCGACUGUUAUGAUUUCAUGAUCAAGAUGGCCGGCGGCAUCCCUAAAUUCAUACCCUUGAAACCUAAAAAAUCCGGCGCCGCGACAUCCGCCGACUGGGUGCUCGACGAGGCCGAGCUGGCCGGCCUCUUCGGCCCCAAGACCAAGAUGCUGAUCCUCAAUACGCCUCACAACCCGCUGGGCAAGGUGUUCUCGCGCGCCGAGCUGCAGCUUGUCGCCGACUUGUGCAAGAAGCACGACGUGCUGUGUCUGUCGGACGAAGUGUACGAGUGGAUCGUGUAUAAACCACAUGAGCAUAUUAGGAUCGCAACCCUGCCCGGUAUGUGGGAGCGAACGAUCACCGUGGGCUCGGCGGGCAAGACGUUCUCGGUGACCGGCUGGAAGAUCGGCUGGGCGUACGGGCCGGCGCCGCUCAUGCGCAACCUGCAGGUCGUGCACCAGAACUGCGUGUACACGUGCUGCACACCCGUACAGGAAGCCGUCGCCCGCUCCCUCGAGUUUGAACUGGAGCGCUACAACUCCCCCGACUGCUAUUUCUUCUCGCUGGCCCGAGAGCUGCUGGCCAAGAGGGACGUCCUGGUGGGCGCGCUGAAGAGCAACGGGUUCAACCCAACCGUACCCGACGGCGGGUACUUCGUGGUCGCCGACUGGACGGGUUUAGAGAACAAAAUCGACCUGUCAUCCGAAACAGACAAGUACAAGGACUACCGUUUCACGAAGAAGUUCACCAAGGAGGCAGGCGUGCUGACCAUCCCUCCCAGCGCCUUCUACUCCGAGGCCAACAAACAUUUAGGGGAAAACUACGCGAGGUUCUGCUUUAUAAAGAAAGACGAGAAUCUCGCCUUGACAGAAAAACUUCUAAAGGAGUGGAAUGCGAAGAAAAAGUGAAAAAAUAGGGUUGUGAUAAUUUGACAUGAUAAUGUUUAUGUAUAUACUCACUUUGAUAUAUUUUUAUACACUUGUA